AUGAAUCAGAGGUCGCUGUUGUCGCUGUGUCAGGGGGUAGGGUCACCGCCUAGAGUGGCGUCUGGCGUCCGCACAGCGUCCUCCGAGGACGAAGACCUCCCCGGGGGCCCCAGACGCCACGACAGCCGGCGGCCGAUGUCCAGAAGAAAUUUACUGGAAAAUGCCAAAGGAACCGCGCUAGGGAUAGGUCUUGCCGGACCGAUGCGAGCGACAGCCCUCCGGCGAGCUUCCGCUGGCCGCGCGGUAGGAGCGGUGGCUGCGGGAAGCUGGGGGUUAGGGCUGGGGAGGGGGGGAGGUAGUUCUGCCGAGGCGUUCGGGGGUCCGAGCAGGCCGUUGAGUAGGUGCCUGGUGAACGCCGUCAACGCUCGCGAGUUUUGCAGGCGGUUGGAGGCGGACCUAGCGGCCGGGCGCAACGAGCAAGAGUGUAGAGGGAUGGUUAAGGGAGUGUUGCGAGGCCUUACCCUCCAGGAGUCGAUCAAGGACGCCGUCCUCUACCUUCCCCGAGGAAAACGCCAGGCAGCAGGCGACGCCGGACAGUCGGCGGUGGAAUAUUUAGCGUCGGUGGUAGAGUUCGAUGCCUGGGACAAGCUCGACAAGGACUGGACUUCAAACGUCGCUUUGAGGAACAUGACGCCAGAGAAUGUUUUGUUCGUGCGCAUGGCGUUGGACGCAUCGGGGUCAGCCUUGGACACUUUUCUGCGCCAGUUCGACAGCGCCGACGUAGAUUCCGCGAGGGAAUUGUAUAGACUGUGA